GCGGUUGUUGCCCUUGGACACAGAUAUCUCUGUCACGGAUUUUUUAAUAUUUUUUACUCUGAUAUAAAUGUGCUCUCGCGCAAGCCUGAUGACCCUAUCAGUUUAUACCGAGAUUAACAAAAUGACAUUGUCUCUGUGUCUGUUUGGGAUGUUGUUGACACUUGUCCAGUCCUUGACCAACAUGUUUCAUCCGACGAACAAUAUUUGGAGCAACAAUGCCAAAGGACAAAUCUAUUUUAAUGAGAGUGAUUACAAGCCGACCUGUGGAUGGAAGCUGAUUAUGACGUCAGCUUUUCCUUUGUCUACAGUCACUGUCUAUGGAGGUGUGGUCGAUAUGAUCGAUAAUUUUACCUUUUUUGUUACCAAUGACGACUACCACGAAGAACCAGUGGACAGUAUUCUCGCAGUACUAUUCCAAGGACAAUUCGGACUAAGCUACCCAGCAAUCCUGGUCAACAUGUACUGUGUGUGUAACGCUACGUCCUUAGCAUCAUGCCAGGGCGUCCAGUUUGAGACGAUUCCAAGAAUAAAUCAGACAAUGACGUCAUCAAAUUCUGCUCAGCUUAUCACAAUCUCAGGGUUUUAUGCCAAGUUUUUAUCAGCCGUGUCUUGCAGCAAGAAACUAGACGAGGUAACAAAUUCAUGCUACACCGGGUCACAGAGUUACGUGCUGACACCGGUGAAGUACUUUGUGGACUGCUGUGCACUGUGCUGCAAGUCCCCGCAAUGCUUUGGCCUCAACUUCAAUUCGCAGACCAGCAGAUGUGACGUGAUAUUCAGCCCUGUUCAGUCAACGCAGUUGGAGCCAACUUCCGGCUGUCAGUUUUGGAAUGUCACGCUAUAAACUGUUAAACUAGAGGGAAUCAAAACGAGGAGACUAGUGUUAUGUACAUUUUACUGUUGUUCAAAGUUGGUUACCUAAUAUUUCAAGUAUUCAGUAUUAGAUCAAUAUAAAUAUAUUUUACAAUGCACAGUGCUAUGUGUGUGACUGGGCCGCUUAGUAGCCCACAACACUGGGCCGUAAAACCUUUUCUAGGCCUAUUAUGCACUAAGGCUCCCUGCUGAGAUUAAUCUCUUGAAUCAAGGUCCAGGUAUCUGGCAGUGUUCCUCGUGAUUUUCCUGUCUCCGUACAGGGCAAGACUACGUUCUCAAGACUAAUUGCACUUUUGAAACCUGUCAUAUUCCGUCUUAGCAUUCUGUAAUAAUAUUAACAAUAAUAAUAAAUAAUAAUAAUAAUUUAUAGAGCGCUGUUAACAAACAUAAUGUAGGCUCAAGGCGCUGUGAAAACAUUACAAACACAAACACGAGAGCUAAAAUGACAAACCAAUCUAAAAAAAAAGUUUUGAACAGAUAGGUCUUAAUGUUCUUAUUGAAUGUAGUGAAGCAUGUUGUCUGUCUGAGAUCAAUGGGGAGUGAGUUCCAAACCUUUGGUCCGUGCACUGAACCGUAACUUUUGAGGGAGAGACGUGGGCAUCACGGG